AUGUUAAAACCUAAAGCGAGUUCUAUAUAUCAUCAAAGUUACCUCAGCCCUUUAGAAACUUCUGAACUUGAUUAUCUAACUUUAGAAGAUGACUCGCUUAAGUCAAAAUCUCCAAGGAGCGAAAACAACUCUCAAGAUUUGCACUUUGCCAUUACUGCUACAGAAUUUACACCUAGAAGCCCUUCAAGUGCCAAAAAGCUGUGAAAAAGAGCCUUUUUUAAAAUAAGAAUAGGACGAGCAAUAGAGAAAUUUAAAAAGGAAAUUAUGCUUUUUGGGACCUCAAACGAGGUCUUUGAUCAAGAUAAAAAAUUUAAGCAAAACCUUGAUAAAAUAUUCCAAAAAAAAGUCGACAAAGAAGAAGAUUUUAGGUUCAAAAAAGUGGAAGAAGAAGAAAAGAAUAUUCCUUGGUAUAUAUUAAAUCCUUGCGGACGUUUUAAAAGAACUUGAAAUUCUUUCCUAACAAUAACUCUAUUAUACACUGCUGUUAUUAUGCCAUAUAGAAUGGCAUUUUCAGAUGUCGUUUUCUUUGACGUGUGGACUUCAAUAGAAAUAUCAAUUGAUCUUCUAUUUAUGGUAGAUGUAAUGCUGAAUUUUAUAAGUGGGGUAUAUAGUUCUGAAGAAGUUCUUCAUACUGAUUUAAAAUACAUCAUCUUGAAGUAUUUAAAAGGUUGGUUUAUAAUCGAUGUCAUUUCAAGCGUCCCCUAUACUUUAGUUGAUUAUUGAACAGGAGGUGAUGGAAACUCUUCUGCUCAUCAAAAUAAUUUUGUGAAGCUUAUGAGGGUCCCAAGGCUUUAUAAGCUGCUGAGAAUUGUAAGAGUUGCUAAAGCUGUCAAGCAUUACAAAACGAAUGACCUUGCUGAAAAAGUCCAAGAUCGUUUACAGCUAAAUUCAAGAGUGUACAAACUCGUGACAUUUUUGGUGUCAGUUUGCCUGUGCGUUCAUAUAGUAGGCUGCUUAUGAUUUUUUUUUGCCAGGCUUAAUAAUUUUUCUCCGGAUACAUGGGUUGUUAGAUGUAAUUACUUAGAUAAUAGCGCAGAUGUUCAAUAUAUUGCAAGUAUAUAUUGGGCUAUGACAACAGUAACUACUGUAGGAUAUGGAGAUAUUUCAGGAAGAACUGAACUAGAACAGAUUUUAUCUAUGAUUUGGAUGCUCAUAGGAAUAGGCUUUUAUUCUUUCACAAUCGGAUCGCUCUCUUCAUUUUUGACAGCAAUUGAUACAAAAGACUCUAUUUUAGCUUCAAAGCUGGCAGCAAUCCAUGAGUUUGCCUUAGAAACUGGGAUUUCUGACGAUUGUAGGAAUCGAAUAAGGCAAAUUAUUAAAUAUAAUAACAGUAAGGUAGGAACAGUAUGAAGUGACAAACAUUCUUUAUUCAGUGAGCUCCCAAAAUCGCUGCGAUAUGAAGUAAGCGCUACCAUGUAUAAUGGUGUCGUCAAAACACUAAUAUUUUUCAAAAGCCAAGACCCUGCUUUUGUAGUCUCCUUAAUGCCUCUUCUAAAACCUUUGCUGCAUAAAGAUUUAGAAUAUUUAUGACUAGAAGGAACUUAUCCUGAUGAAAUUUUUUUUAUCACCAAAGGGAGAGUGAAUUUUGUGUUAGAAGGCAAUGAAGUGUGCUAUAAAUCAUUUUUAAAAGGUUCAUAUGUAGGGGAUAUUGAGAUCCUGACUGAAAUUUCAGUCAGAGAAAGCAAUGCUCAAGCAUGUGGGGAUUCUGAAUUUUUAGUAUUGUCGAAACACGAUUUUCUUGAUAUUUUGGAUGAUUUUCCUGAUCAAAAGAGGUAUCUAACUCAGGUUGCUAGAGAAAGAGCAGUUAGAAAUUCAAAAGCGAAAGAAGAACUUAUUACUUUGAUGCAGAUUAAAAAAGUGGAAGGGAGCCUAAAGCGUUUGGAAGGAAAAGGCAGCAUUUUUGACAGGCAGCUGAGAGAGGUAUCAACUGUAGUGAUUCGAGAUCGGCUUGGUGUGAUUGAAGAUACAGUUCAAACGAACGUAAAUAUGCUUGACGAUAUGAAGAUUCGAGUUUCUUCUAUUGAAAAUAGUAUUCAAGAUCUUUUGUUAUUAGUAAAACCACCAAAAAUAAAGAAGAAAAGAACAGCACUUGGGACUAUUGUCGAAAAAAAGAUGAGCACAAAUUUUGAUAUGUAA